AUGGGGCCGCUGCUGGCGCUCUGCCUCCUCCUGGGCUGGCUGCGCGGGGGCCCGGCGGGCGCCCAGCAGGCGGGCGAGUACUGCCACGGCUGGGUGGACGUGCAGGGCAACUACCACGAGGGCUUCCAGUGUCCCGAGGACUUCGACACGCUGGACGCCACCAUCUGCUGCGGUUCCUGCGCGCUGCGCUACUGCUGCGCCGCCGCGGACGCCCGGCUGGAGCAGGGCGGCUGCACCAACGACCGCGGCGAGUUGGAGCACCCCGGCAUCACGGCGCAGCCCGUCUAUGUCCCCUUCCUGAUCGUCGGCUCCAUCUUCAUCGCAUUCAUCAUCCUGGGCUCUUUGGUGGCUAUUUACUGCUGCACCUGCUUGAGGCCCAAGGAGCCCUCGCAGCCUCCGAUCCGCUUCUCGCUCCGCAGCUAUCAGACAGAGACCCUGCCCAUGAUCCUGACCUCCACGAACCUCAGGGCACCUUCCAGGCAGUCCAGCACAGCCACCAGCUCCAGCUCCACCGGGGGCUCCAUCCGUAGGUUCUCCUUUGCCAGGGCCGAGCCAGGCUGCCUGGUGCCCUCGCCGCCCCCGCCGUACAGCACCGCUCACCCAAUCCACCUGACCCAGCCAUCCGGCUUCCUGGUGUCCCCUCAAUACUUUGCUUACCCCCUCCAGCAGGAGCCCCCGUUGCCCGGGAAGAGCUGCCCAGACUUCAGCUCCAGUUAACAGGCCACAGUCUCAAGGCUGCUCCAUAGCAAGACGGCAGACAGGUGGAGUGCUGCUGGUCAAGGGCACCUGCACUGCUGAGGGAAUGUCCCUUGUAGCAGAACAAUGUCUUGGAGGAAAGUGUGAGGCAAACACUACACCUUCUUGUAAUCGUGCCCCAUACCCCACCCUGCUUGGGGCUUCCAUCAUAGGAUGGUGGAGUUAGAUGAUGGCCUUCUGACUUUGAAAACGUGGUGACAGCUACGUUUCAACUCCCGCUACUUUUACCCAAGAUGUGCAACAGUGAAGCUGCCAAGUAGCAAAUAGGCUGAAAUUUUUCUGUUGGACUCCUUGGCUGUACAGCUUAGCUAAGGGCCGGAAGUCACUUUUUAUUUUCUUCAUGAUAAAUAGUUGAAUGUCUAAUCCUACAACACGUAUAUGCACCAUUCUCAAAACCUCACUGUCAUUGAGUCCGUUCUGUCGCAGUGACCUUAGAGGACACAGUAGAACUGCCCUUAUGAGUUUC